AAUAAAUAAAUCUAGAUUAAAGUGAUAAUAUGAAUUAUAAUACAAAUACUAGCCAAGAAGAUUUUCAAAAUAACAAUUUUUCUGAUUUUUCGGAAAAUGAAAACGACGAAGAUUUAAUUAUUUAACAAAAAAAUAUAUAAGAAAAGCAAGCAAAAUUAGAAUUAUUUAAAAAAAUAUAAGAGGCAAUAAUUGAUGAUAGUUUUGAUUCGUAUUAAAGCUCAAUAGAAAGUUAAAAUAACAUUAUUAAUAAAAUAAAACAUAAUUAAAUUGUGAAUAAAUACAUAAAAAAAGUAUAAGAAGAACUAAAUGAUGAAUAUAAUGAAGAAUAUAAUAAAAUUAAUCCAAAAUAUUGUUUAAAAGUAUUUGAGAUGAAUAUUUUUGAAAAAAUAUAAAAGUACCCUGAAAAAACAAUAAUAUAAAUAAUUUACAAAUAAUUAUAAUUUAUAAGAAAUUUGAUUUCAUAUAUAGCUUUAAAAAUAAUUAAAAGUUAAUUUUUUGAUAAUUUAACAAUUUUAGUAAUCAUUUUUAAUUCAAUAGUAUUGGCUUUUGAUGAUCCUACCAGCGAUAAUGAUAAUAUAGCUUAAUUAGAUAUGUUUUUUCUUAUUUUUUAUACAUUAGAAAUGUGCUUAAAGAUACUUGCUUUAGGUUUUGUAUUUAAUAAAAGAUCUUAUUUAAGGGAUACAUGGAAUCUGUUGGAUUUUAUAAUUGUUUCUUCUGGAUAUUUAUCUUAUUUACUAAUUUCUAAUAGUAAUGUGAAUUUGAGUUCUUUGAGGUCUUUGAGAGUUUUGAGGCCUUUAAGAACUAUUUCUAGUGUAAAAUCUUUAAAGAAAAUACUCAGUGGUCUAUUUAGGGCUGUGCCUUUUUUGAAGAAUUCGCUUAUUGUAAUGCUUUUUUUUUACAUUAUUUUUGCUAUUGGUGGUUUAUAAUUAUUUAGUGGAGCCUUAAAAAAAAGAUGCUUAGAACUAGAAACUGGAAUUGAAUAUGAUUAUGAUGAUAAUAAUUAAUAUGCUUUUUGUGUGACAUCAAAUGAUUGUCAAUAGUAUGAUAGUUAAAAAAGAUUCAUUUGUGGGAAAAUUAUAGGAAACCCAAAUUAUGGGAUUAUGAAUUUUGAUACUUUUGGUUGGUCUUUUUUGACAGUUUUUUAAGUUGUGACAAUGGAAGGGUGGAACGAUAUUAUGAGAGGUAUUUAGUAGACUUUUUCAAUGUGGUCGAUAUUUUAUUUUAUUGGAGCAAUUUUUAUUGGGACGUUUUUUUUAACGAAUUUAACUCUGGCUAUUAUUUCGGUCAGUUAUAAUUAGUAAUCACAAAUUGAAGAAAAAGAAAAAGAAAAAGAAAAAGAUAAUACUUCAGGAAAAAAAUCGAAAGGGUUUGAUUUAGAGACUUUAAAGUAGAAAGGGGCAUAUAUUUCAAAUAAAAUUUUAUAUAAAUAGACGGAAGAAAAGAAUGAUAAUAAAAAAAAUAAUGGGUUUUAGUUAAUAUUGACGAACUUAUUUAAUAAAAGAAAUCUAUCAAAAAGAUUAGAUAAUUAAAAGGAAACUAAUAAAUAAAAUAUUGAAAAAAUAAAAAAUAUAAAUACAAAUAAUAAUAAUAUAACAAAUAUUAAUGCAAAUAUUAAAAAGAAUAACAAUAAUAGAAAUAUUAUUACAAAUAAUAAUAUAAAUAGAGCAAAUAAUAAUAAUAAUAUAAAUGAUACUAAAAAUAUAAAAAAAUUAGAUAAUACAUAUAAUAACAUAAAUAAUAAUAUUAAUAAUAGUAAUGAAAAUUAUAAUUAUAAUAGUGAUAAUAAUGAAAAUAAUGAUAAUAAUGAUAAUAAUGUUAAUGAUAAUAUUAAUAAUAAUAAUAAUUAAUAUAAUGAUAAAAAUUCAAAUUAAAACAAUAUAUUGCUUACAUAAAAUAUUGAUGAAUUUUUAAUUAAUUAAGUAUAAAAUGAAAGUUUUCAUGAAAAAGCAAAAAUGGAUAAUAUUAUUAGCUCUUAAUAUUAAAAAACUAAUAAUAUUUUAAUGAAUAAUAAAAAAAGAAUUUAACUGAAAAUACCUAAUAUAAAUUUUAUAAAUAAUAUAUGUAAUUCGCCUUUAUAAAGACAGCAAUCAAAAAUUAAAUUUUUUGGUACAGAAUUAAAUAAUAAAUAAAUUAUAAAUAAAAAUACAAAUUUUAUAGAUUAACAAAAAAAUGCAAAAAAUUAAAACUUAAUAACUAUAAUUAAUAAUAAUAAUAAUAAUACUGAAAUAGUUCUAAAUAGUCCUAGCAUUUAAUAAGAAAAUAGUCUCAAUAAUAAAAAAGAUUAAAAAAAAUAUUAAAGGUAAAUGUCUAUAAUUCCAAAUAAAUUAGACACAAAAAUAAUUGCAAAAUAAACUUAAAGGUAAUCUAAAUAAAUACAAACAAAAAUUGUUGGAAAAAUAAAUAAUAUUUCCAUAUAAAAUUAAAACAUUAAAUAAAAAUAGAUUUAGUAGAUUUAAUAGAUUUAAUAGAUAAUAAUAUAAUAAUAAUAAUAAUAAUAAUAAUUAUAAUAAUAGUAAUAAUUUUAAUAAUUGUAAUAAUAGUAAUAAUAGUAAUAAUAGUAAUAAUAGUAAUAGUAAUAAAUAUAAAAUCUUUAUUGGAAUAUUAAUUAAGGUAUAAUGUUAGAAAAUUAAUAAUCCAAACCUUAUUAAAUAUAAAUUUCAAGCAGCAACUAAAUAAAUAGUAAAUAAGACUUAAAAUUUAGUAAUACAAUACUAAAUUCAUAGUAGAGUUUUCCUAAAUAAUAGGAAUUUGAAUAAAAUCCUUAAAACAAUCAAACAUUAAAUAAAAUUAAUUAAUAAGUUAUAAUAACUAAUUAAUAAUAAUCUCAUUCAUAAAUUGUAAAUGACAAUUAUGAAGAUGAUUUUUUAUAAAGAAUUUAUCCUUAAGAACUCCAAAUCCUAAGAUUCGCUCUCGAACCAAUUGAAAAACCUUAUAAUAAUAUCAGAAAAAACGAACUUUUGAAUGCUGAGAAAAAUUAUAAUUUCACUAUUGAAGUACCCUGGUCUUUAGAGGAAGUUUUAUAGCAAAGUUCCUAUAGUAAGUCUGCUCAUUAAUAUAAAUAAAUACUUUAAUCAUUGACUUAUAAAACGAAAGAUUUAGAUUAAUUCGAAGGCGGUGUUAUUGGAAUUAUAUUUGCUGUAAGGAGAAUAGUUAAGAAGUUUGUACUUUCGAAAUAUUUCGAUAAUUUUAUAAUGUUAUGUGUAGUCAUGAAUACUGUAGUUUUGGCUUUGGAUGGGGUCAUGAGUGAUUAAGGGGAAUAUAUUUUGAAUUAAUUUAAUUUUUCUUUUACAAUUAUUUUCACUAUAGAUAUGGGAUUGAAGCUAUUUGGAAUGGGAGUGAUUGAAUAUAUAGCGGAUAAAAUGAAUAUUUUUGAUUCAAUUAUUGUUUCCUUGAGUCUUGUAGAAUUACUUAUUUUAAAUGAUGGAACGUCUUCGAAUACUAGUAAAUUUUCAGCUUUUAGAUCUAUUAGAAUUUUGAGAGUUUUUAGGGUAUUAAGAGUCACUAGGUUAAUUAGGAGUUUGUAGUUUAUGAAAAUUAUGAUGGAAGCCAUUUCGAGUAAUAUCUCGAGUUUUAUUUAUAUUCUGUUACUAUUGAUUUUAUUUAUAUUUAUUUAUUCUUUAUUAGGAAUGUAAACUUUUGGUGGUUAGUUUAAUUAAAAAGAAGCUGGAAGAAUGAAUUUUGAUAGUUUAUAGAAUGCAGCAUUAAGUGUAUUUUAAAUAAUGACUAUGGAAAAUUGGAAUGAUAUAGAAACUUCAUGUUUAACUUCAAAUAUUAAUCCUAUUGUUAGUUUGCUAUAUUUAAUAAGUUGGAUUUUUGUUGGAAAUUAUGUACUUUUGAACUUACUUUUAGCAAUUGUAAUGGAUUCUUUCAAUUAAGAAGGACUGGAUAAAGAAAAAGAAGAAUAUUUUUAAGGUUUAGAUGUAAAGGAAGAUAUAGAUUUUAAUAAUGUAAAUGAUGCUACAUAACUUUUGAAUCAAUCAAUUGGUUAUUUAAUUUCGAAAAAAGAAUUCGAUUAAAAUUCAAAAGAAGAAUAUAUGGAAAAUAAUAUAAAUGAUAACAUUGAUAAUGAUUAAAAUAAAAAAUAAAAAAAAUAAGAUUUCGAAGAUAUAAAAUGUAAAAAAGCUUGGUUUAUUUUUAGUUAAUAAAACAAAAUAAGAAUACAAGCAUAUAGAAUAGUUAAACAUAAAUAAUUUGAAAGUGGUAUAUUGGUUCUUAUAAUAUUAACCUCUAUAAAGCUAGUAAUUGAUACAUAUUUUAAUUCAUCAAAUCCUAGUGAUUAAUAUGAAAUAUAUUUAAGUAAGAAAUUUGAUAUUAUUUUUACUGUGUUUUUCGCUACUGAAGCUUUUUUGAAAGCCUUAUCAUUUGGUUUUAUUUUAGAUAAGAAUUCUUAUUUACGUGAAGAAUGGUCUUAAUUGGAUUUUUUUAUUGUUGUCAGUAGUUUAAUUGACAUUAGUGUAGAAUCAAUAAACCUUAGUGUUGUAAAAAUACUAAGACUUUUACGUACUUUACGUCCUUUAAGAUUUAUAUCCCAUAAUCGUUCCAUGAAAUUAAUCGUAACUGCUUUAUUGGAGUCUGUUGGUGGUAUUGUGAACGUAGUUUUGACAGUUAUUUAUUCUUUACCUUCUUUAUUAAAUGUUACGGCUUUAUUAUUUUUAGUUUAUUUCAUUUUUUCAAUCUUGGCUGUUUUUUUAUUUGGAGAUAUAAAAUAAGGAACUUUAAUAUCUAAUGAUAGAAAUUUUUCUAAUUUUCAUUAAUCUUUAAAUUUGUUAUUUAUAUGCAGUACAGGUGAAAAUUGGUAUAUUUAUAUGUUUGAUUUAAUACAUAGUGGUAAUAGUUGGGCUUCUUUAUUUUUUAUAGCUUUUAUUAUUGUGGUUUAAUUUGUAAUGAUGAAUUUAUUUAUUCUUAUUAUUGUAGAUUAAUUUGAAUAGAAUUAUAUUAAUAGUGAUAAUCCUUUGAAUGAAUUUAAGGAAUUUGAGGAAAACUUUAAGAGUGUUUGGGCUAAAUAUACUUAAAAAAAUCAUGGAAUUAAAAUUAGUGAAAGACUUUUAACAGAUUUAUAUUUAGAAUUAAAAAUGCCUUAAGGAUUUGAGUAUAAAUAAAAAGAAAAUGCUUUCAGAGAAAAAAUAAAGGAAAAUUUUAAAGAUAUAAAAAAUGAAGAAUUAGAAUAAAAAGUAGAAAAAUUUAAAGUCUAAUAAAAGUAAAUAGCUGCUAAAAAUAUUAUGUAAAUGAAUAUUAUUUGUGAUUAUGAAGAAGGAUAUGUAUACUUUAAUGAACUUAUGUUUUUUAUAUAAAAAUAUUCAUUAAUUGAUAGUAUUUAUGAUGUUAAUAAUCAAUAUAAAAUAUAGGAAAAUAAAGAGUAUGCUUAAAAGUAUUAUAAAGGACUGGAAUUAAUAAAAAAUGAAGAAAAAAAUACAUUCAAAAGAAUUAAUAUUAAAAGAAAAAAAGUAAUAAUAAUAUAUAUAUAUAUAUAUAUAUAUAUAUAUAUUAUAUGCAUAUAUAUAAAUUUAUAUAAUAAUUUUAUAUAGUAAAAUUUAGCCAAAUAAAAAAUUAGUUAAUUAAAAGUCACUUAGGGUGUAAAUCCAAUUGUAAGUCGUUUAUUUGUUGAAAUGUCAUAUAAAAGUUGGAAGAAAUAUAGUUUACAAAUUUAAAAUAAACUAUUAAACACUUUAAUUGAUUAAAAUGAUAUUUCGAGCGAAAGUGAUGAUACUGAUGAAGACUAAGAAAUAGAAGAAAAUUUUAGAUCAUAAUAAGAUAUUUUUUUUAAUAUUAAUACUGAAAUAAAAGAGGAAAAUGAUAAAAUUAUUUUAUUUAAUAUGUAAAAAAAUUCUAAUUAAAACAAAAUUAUUAAACGAGAAAAUACUAUAAAAUUUCAACGGGAAGAUAUAAAACAUACAUUUAUUCCUACUAUUUUUAGUAGUUUUAAUAAUUUUUUCGUUUAUUUACCUGAUACGUAAAUAUACAAGGAUGAUUUUUUUGAUUUUUAGGAGGAUAAUCUAUAUUAUGACAGAAAAAUUAAAGAAAUUAAUAAAAAAAAUUAAGAUAAUAAAUCGAAAUGCCCGUCCCUUUAAAAAUUUGAUACUUAAUUAAAUAGUAGUAGUUGUAUCUAAAAUAAUGAUAAAUUAAAUACUCAUAUUGAUAAAAAAGUUACAUUACCUAUUGAAUUUGUUUUUCAUAAUUAAAAUGAAAAAAAAUUAAGUAUAAAUGAACAUAAAAUAAAUGUUAAAUUUAAUUUAAAAUGA